AUGACAUCUCAAAAUUGGAAAAAUUGUUUUAAUAAAAAAGCAAUUGAGGUUAUUGAAAUUCAUAGAUCUCAGGAAACAAUCACUGUUGAAACAGUAAAUAAUGAAGAUAAAAUCAAGAAUAAUAUUUCAAAACCCAAAAUUAAAGUACAUAAAAAACCAAUAAUUAAAUCAAUUUCAAAGUUAAAAUUACAACCAAAAUUUUCGAGAUACAAUGAUAUUAUUGAUUAUUCAAUUGAUUUCAAUUGUAAUAAAAAUUAUUUCUUAAAACAAGAUAAAGUUAGUGGUAAUACUUUUAUUCAUGUUUUUUGUGAAAAAAGAGAAUCAAAAAUAAAUUUAGAAUCUGAUAUUGAAAAUUUAAAAUGUUUGGGAAAGGAAACGAUUGAAGCAAGGAAUAAUAAUAAGGAAAUUGCACUAUUUUCAACUUUAAAAAACCAAUGCCUUGGUUUAAAAAUAAUGCAUGAAUUAAUUUCAAGAAAUGUUAUGUUCAUUGAUGAUAAUGGUAAAGAUGAGUUACUAGUAAAAUGUUUAGAAGAGGGUAGAGUUGAUAUGGUGAAAUAUUUAAUUACCGUUGAUAUUAAUUUGAUCUCAAAAUUAAAGAGAAUAUGCCAAAUUACCCAAUUAAGCCUAGAAACACUUCAAUUUGUCGAAUUAAUUAAUUCAGAAUAUGAAAAAAUCGUAGAAAUUGGUUUAAAAUCUGCAGGUAGAGAAUACAUUAAAUUGUUUUUCAUUCAAUUUAUUUUGGGUAAUUUUUCAAAAGAAUCAAUCAUCCAAACAAUUGAUGAAUAUAAAUUACCACCAAUUCCAAAAGAAAUUGAAGAUUUUUUCUUUGUUUAUAAUUAUCAAAUGUGUGACUUUGUUAAAUUAACUGAAAUCAAACCACGUUACCUCAAUGAAAUUUCUAAAAUAAAUAUCUAUCCAAUUGGUCAAGUCUCCAUUGAAAGAAGAAAUGAACUCGGUCGUGGUGGUAAUGGUACCGUUUAUUCAGGUGUAUUAAAAGAGAUUGAUAGUCAAGGUAAUGAAAUUUCAAUACCAGUUGCAAUCAAAAUACCAACUCAAUUCUAUAAAUCAAAAUUGGUUGAAGUAUAUAAAGAGUUGGCUAUUCAUCAAAAGAUUAAUGGUAUUUGUGGUCCAAAGUUAUUUGGAUGCGUAAAGUUAAAUGUUGGAUUUGGUAUUAUAAUUGAAAGAUUUGAUUGUAGUUUACAUGACUAUAUUCAAAAUAAUAAUAUCGAUUUCGAUUUAUUUUUUGAAUUGGCUCUUAAAAUGGUUAUAACAAUUAGAAAUCUACACAAAUGUCAUUUAAAUGAAAUAUUCCAUCGUGAUAUUAAACCACACAACUGGUUAGUUAAAAAAACUAAAGAUGAAUUGGUGGUCGUUUUAUCUGAUUUUGGUUUAUCAAGAGAGAAUAGUGAAACAAAUGAAAAUACUCUUCAGAAAUAUAGAGGAACAUCAGUAUUUAUUCCACCAGAAUUAAAUGAUAAUAUCUUAUAUAAUGAAAAAUCAGAUAUAUACUCUUUGGGUGUAUCAUUUAUGAUGUUGCUUUAUAAAGUUGUUUAUGGCAAAAUGGAAAACCCAUUUUAUGAAUUCAAAAUUUCAAAAAUGGAAUACUUCAAAACAGUUGUUGCUUUAGAGAACUUUUUAGUACCAAUUGUACCAACAUUUUUACCUGAUUCUUUUAAAGAGUUCUUGUUCUCAACAAUGAAUAGAAUCUAUACAUGUCGUCCAAAUUCUGAAGAAUGUGUAGAAAGACUCAUAACACUAAAGACUGAAUAUGAAAAUGAUAAAACCAAAUGGCAAGUAAAUAGUGCUAUUAUACAAAAAGAAAAAUCAUUACUCACUGAUUCAAUAAUUUCACAACAAUUGAAAUUAAUGAACCAAGUUAAAAAAUUUGUUCAAGAAAAUGAUAAAUUCGUUUUUUUGAAGAAAACAAAAUUAUUUUUUUCAGAAUCUGAAAUUAAACAAUAUCUUUUGUCAAUAAUAAAAUGUCAAGAAUGA